CCAUCUUUCAGAUUUACCCCCAAUUUUAACUCUCCCCCGCCCCGCCCCGCCCCGCCAUCAAUUCAUUUCUCAAACCCUAAUUAACUUCAAAUUCAGAUCUAUCAAUUCAAAGUUUUACUUUCAUGACGUCACAUCACGAUUCCGUAUCCAAAAACACUUCUUCUUCUUGUUCUAUUUACAGCCGUAAAGAGAAAUCACUCGGUGUUUUAUGCUCCAAUUUCUUAGGGCUGUAUAAUCGAGAAGGCGUUGACUGUAUCGGAUUAGACAAUGCCGCUAAUCAGCUAGGUGUAGAAAGGCGACGAAUAUACGAUAUUGUCAAUAUUUUAGAGAGUGUUGGUGUUUUGACAAAGAGAGCAAAGAAUCAGUAUACUUGGAAGGGAUUUAAGGCAAUUCCACAUGCUUUAGAAGAGCUUAGGAAACAUGCAUCUAAUGAUGAUAACUAUAAAGGCUCACAAUACUGCAACUUUGGAACUGUUGUAAAUGAUUCUCUUGGGCCUUCUGAUUCGAAUAACUCAAACACGGACAAGCUUACUAAAUCAUCUGGAUCUUCUAAAAGCGAAACCAUCAGGAAGGAAAAAUCACUUGGACUUCUGACUCAAAAUUUCAUCAAGCUGUUCAUCACUUCUGAUGCAGACGUGAUAACCUUGGACACUGCUGCAACAAUGUUGUUAGGCGAUUUACACGACCCAACAGCAAUGAGAACAAAAGUCAGACGUUUAUAUGACAUUGCGAAUGUCUUUUCAUCCAUGAAUCUGCUUCAGAAGAUGCGUCAUCCGGAGAGCGGGAAACCAGCAUUUAGAUGGCUGGGUUUGAAAGAACCAAAGACUAAACCCAUAAUUUUAGCUACAGACAACUCAAAAAGGAGAGCUUUUGGAACAGAUAUUACAAACAGUUGUGGAUUAAAAAGAAACAGGAAUGAUUCUUUAUCUGGUUGGUGCUCAAAAGAUGCGACUGUGGCAGUGGAUGGGAAUAUUGACUGCGAUGAAAAUAUUACAAUGCAGAAGCAGCUACCACUUCAACGCAACUCAAAGGAAUUUGUCUUUGGCCCAUUCACUCCUGUCACUGGCACUGCACACAAGGUAGGAAGCUCUGGUAACAAAAAACUAAAGCAGGCUCCGGAAUGGGAGAACUUGGCUGAUACUUAUCGUCCCCGAUAUCUUAACAAAGCACUAAAUGACGUUUUCGGGCACUAUGCCGAGGCCUGGAAAUCAUGGUACGUUGAAUCAGCAGAUAAGAAGCAGGUACGACCAGUCACUUGAUUUUUGAUCCCAUUUUGAACAGUAGGCUAUGUGGGUGUUGAGUCAGUAGAGGAUUUAUGAGUAGUGAUUUCGUCAAAAGUGCAUAUCACCUUAAUGUGCCGAUUUAGGUUUAGUUUGUUCCGUUUAACCAUUUCUGGUACAGUGUACGGCAGUAAUAUGUUUAGUGAUGUAAACCUUCUUCAUAGUUGAGGUCUUGAGGAUUCUUUCAUUCAUUAUAAAGCAUGGCAUUACGAAUAUGAGCACUGUUGCAUAAUUUUACAAAA